UCGCCAUGCGGAACCUCGCCGCGGCAAACUGAGAUGCUUAUUCUUCGGACUUCUUCUGAGGUGGCAGUUCACCGCAGCAGGCGUCCGCCGCUGCGUGAGGGCUUUCCCCCCUCUUGCCCGAUUCUGGGUGCGACGGAAGAGCAGCAGCUGCUGCAGCGGCAAGAGGCCACAGCCGGUGGCUCACAUGUGGGGCCCCGCAGGCGGAUCGGCUUUGUGCCGACGUUGGGGGGCCUCCAUGAGGGUCACCUUUCCCUCAUCAGGGCGGCGAGCCGCCAGUGUGAUGAGGUGUGGGUAUCGAUAUUCUUGAACCCAACGCAGUUUCAGAGCCAGAACGACUUCGACUCGUAUCCAGGGGAUCUGCAGAGCGACAUUCAGCUCCUUCGCACCAAGACGGAAACGCAAGUCCUUUUCCUCCCAGACGUGCGGGAGAUGUAUCCGAAUCUUGCGCAGCGAGAAGCCCGAGAUGACACGGGAGCUCAGGGAACCCCAGUAGGGACACAAAGUGCAGAGGCAUCGUUUGCGGAUCUCGAGAUCAACUUUCGCAACAUUGAAUGCUGUCCUGGGGAGGGCAGCCGGAGACCGGGAUUCUUUAAGGGUGUUGGUCAAAUCGUGCAGAAAUUGUUUGCUCUGGUGCGGCCUACGCAUGUCUUCUUCGGUCAGAAGGACUUCCUGCAGACUGUCUGCGUUAGGGCCCUUAAGCAGCAGCAACGGCAGCUGCAGCGCGUGCACGGAGACCUACUGCCUCCCCUCCUCAACUCCCCAGAGGCAGUCGCAGGCCCUUCCGUCGCCCUUCUCCCACCGCACGCGGCUCCCUGUGUGCUGCUGCUGCGCUCCCUGUCCCUUCGGCUGUUCCACAUGGAUCCGGCACGGGGAGCUCCAGGAGAGGAGAAGAUUCUUGGGGAGCUGGAAGCCCUAGAGCUGUCAGACGCCGCUGUUCAGCGCCUUUCGGGGGAGGAGCAGCGGGUGUUGUGGCCCUGGGGUGCUUGGAGUGAAAAGAAACGUAGGACUGACGACGCUCCGCAGACGGAGUACUUUCUUCUCAGAGACCACAAGGAACCGAACGCAAGCACCCUCAUUGCCUACCUUGCUUUCACGAGGGGCCCUGGAAAAUCAACAAGUGCCUCCGAGCGCCUCAUUGAGAUCCAGAGGCUCUUUGUCGCUCCCAGUCGCAGACGCAGUGGCCUGGGUGAGGCCUUCUUCGGUGUCUGCAUGCUGGCCUUGCACCAGCAGUGCCCGCAACAGCAGCAACUCGUCACGUGCGUCGUCCCCCGCCUCGCCAUUAAGGUGGUAGAGAGUCUAGGCCUUGCCGAGGCUCCAGAGUCCCCUACAGAGGGGAAGCCUGGGGAUGUAUCGGUCUGCGUGGACCUGCACCGUCUUGUUCAGCGCCUCCUCCGCCCAUAG